GGUGGAUCACUAAUCCUCGGGUAGGACGAAUCAUGAUAACAAUCCUACAUAACCUCGGUGAGUAGCUAAUCACUAGAAAUACAAAGCAACGCACAUACCGAAACCUCGGUGUUGUCUAUAGGAAUGACAUCGAAAUUAACUUACGGCACUCCAGGGUCGAAAUAGCAAACCUUUUUAAACCCCUUCAUGGGUACUGAGUUACAGGACAUUAUCACUGCAUACCAUCAAGCCACACGAGACCCAUUCGAUCACAAUGCCACCGAUGAACUACCAAGUGUUGAUUACCGGAGAGCAGGACACCAAGACUGCUCACAAACGACGAAAUGUCUAUCUCCGACCGUUCCUCCUCUUCUGGCUCAAUUCUCUUUUCGCGGAGAUUAUCUUCUUGGCGGUCGGUGUUUUCAUUAUGACGGGUACCCGGGACCUUCUUUACAAGAUCUUAUGGACUCUGGUCUUCUGUCCACUUGGAAUGGGCGGCGCGAUGGGAGGUCUGAUCAACUGCUUCAUUGUCGACCACUACUACGGUAAAAAAGCGGCACAUUUCACGGGGAUUCUGUCGCUACUUAUACUUAGCAGUUGCAACUAUCUGUGCUACAACCUCGAUCGACAUUUUGGCUGGUUCGGCGCGACUGAACAUCCACUGUGGUUCCAUUGGCGUUACCCAAUGAUUUGGGUGGUUGGGUACUUCAAUGGGCUUCUGUUAUUCACAGAUCGGGGACAGGAGCGAUUGGCCAGGCUUGGGCUCUGAGUGUCUGGUAUGGGGGGAGGGGCAGGGUAUGCGUUAUCGACGCGAGGCAUUGGCCGCUGAGGGGUAUAUCUGUGAUGGUAAAGACUGAUUUUCACAGCUAUGGCUAGAAUUGGGGUUUGGAUAUGCGAC